CAAAAACACUGUAUCCAAAUAACUGAAUGGUGAACGUAAUUUCUGUAGAAAGUGACUGUUUUACGGAGAUUAACUGUCGAAGAUACGGACUGAAUUGCAGAAGCUGUGCUAGACUAGAGCUUGACGACCCGGCACCAUGCCUUCUGCUGGUGCCAUUGGUGCACCAAGCAUCAUUCCUCUCAGAGUACCUCAGCCUGGACGGACUGCAAAUCAGAUUGAUACAAAUACACUCAUUGAGAUCAAAUCAGCAACCCCGGAUGCCAUUAUCUAUAUAUCUACCAAUGGCAACCGACCUGAUCCUUACCGGAAAGGAGACAAGAACACCAUCAAGUACAAAGGACCAUUUCUCCUUAAUGAAGGAAAGAGAGCUAUCAAAGCUAUUGCAGUCUCAAGUGACAGGCGAAGUGAGAGCCAUGUUGUCAGUAAAGUGUUUUCUGUGACUUAUGCCCAUCCCGAGCCGGAACCGUUUGAAGAUGAUGAUGCAAGCUUCAUCAUGGACUCCAGGCCCAAGAGCUCACUAAGGAGAUCUAAUCAGUUUAGUGACGUUGAUGACUACAUUGACCUCACGAGAUCAAGCAAUAACUUCAAUGCAUCCAAAUCAUAUCAGGUGACUGCUAAUUCAGGAGCCACGGUGCCCUACAAUGCAUGGGGUGCUAGCACUGGUCCCCGUCAACCUCAGACAGUCGGCAACAUGCAGACCAACCCAGACUACAUGUUCCAUUAUCACAUGCAUCAACAAACGAGCCCCAGACAAGCACAGCCUCCUGUACAGUAUCGGCAGCCACCACCCCAACAACAAGUGCAACCACCUGUUAUUGUUGAUCCAUACACAAACAACUGGCGCCCCGUCAGUGUUCCCCUACCAGCAGUACUCAACCAGCACAUCGGUACCCAGACCGUCGGUCUCUUCUACCCGACCCACGAGCAGCUCGGUCGGCAGGAGCGAGACGUUGAAGAAGUGAGGGUGAUGAGAGAUGCAUCCUCGUCGAUGGUUAAGUCUGAGCCGAAGCCGAGUCUGAUGGACACGAGCCCUGGGAAGGGGUACUGGAAGAAGCAGCUUGCUCAUGUCGUGGCUCACCUUGAGGCCUUCACCCAGAGGGAGGCGGAGUUCAGAGCGGAUAUCGGGAAACCCAAAAUGGGAAAGAUUACUUCAGCCAGUGCCGAAGACGAUGGGGUGGACGUGACAAUCACAAUAAGUUUUGAAUCACAGACUGAAUCUCCUAACGUGAGGCCUAAUAGGGCCUCAAUGGCAAGAAAAGAGGCUCUACUGGCAAAGUCUCUCAGUGAAUCAGACUCGCCAUACGGUAAAGCCAAGAAGAAACCGAUCACCAAGAAACUUGCUGCCAAGAAGAAAGCUGUGGAAGACGAGAGGUUGUCUGAGGAGGACCGUCACCUUUUGAAAGAACUUGGAGCUAAGGGAGACGGGGACCCAGACAAUGUUCAGGAUCUUCUAGACGACGGAGCAGACCCAAAUUGCGAGAAUAAAGAUGGCGUCCAUGUCCUCAUUGAAGCCACCAUAAAUAACCACGUGGAGUGCCUGCCUGUAUUGAUUGAUGCAGGGUCAAAGGUCAAUGCUAAAGCUUCAGUCAGGAAGGGUAACACGGCCCUCCACGAGGCAGUGCUCUUAGGACCUGACGGCCAGGAGGCCAUAGAAGCCCUUCUUGAGGGAAGUGCCAACCCCAAGGCCAAGAACGCCAAGGGAGAAACGCCCUACGAUCUCGCCGUCAAGAACGGCUACGACAGCAUCGUUGCCCUGUUCGCCUCCAGUCUUGGCCAGGACAUGCUGGAUAAGAUGUCCGACACCAAGAAGGGAGGCAAGGCAAAGGCCAAGAAGAAGGCAAAGGCUGAGAGUGACGAUGAGGAGGAGUUUGUGGUGAAAAAGAGGAAGGCCUACAAAGAAAAACUGCCAAAGGACAAAGGAUCUGUUGUCGCUGCGUCAUCCUUCGAUGCCCAAGCGGACUCGGAGAAACUCAGAAAAGCUAUGAAGGGAUUAGGUACGGAUGAGAAAGCUAUUAUAGAAGUGGUCACUCAACGAGCCAAUCAACAGCGACAGAAGAUCUCCAAGCAAUUCAAACAGAUGUUUGGAAAGGACUUGAUGAAAGAAUUCAAGGGUGAGCUUGGUGGAAAGCUCCUGGAUGUUGUCAGCGGGUUGAUGAUGACCCCAGCAAAGUAUGACGCCUACCAACUACACAAAGCCAUCAAGGGUCUUGGCACAGAUGAAGCUGUUCUGAUUGAGAUCCUCUGCACUAGGAGCAAUGCAUCCAUUGAUGCCAUCAAAGAUGCUUACGAGACAGCUUACAAUAAAGAUCUUGAAGAGGAUGUUGCCGACGACACGUCCGGAUGCUUCCAGCGGAUGUUGGUGUCUGUCCUCCAGGGGGCCCGCCCGGAAGGAGAUGAAGUUGAUCCUGACAAGGCAGCCGCUGAUGCUAUGGCCCUCUAUAAAGCAGGAGAGGAUAAAUGGGGCACAGAUGAGUCACGCUUCAACGCCAUUCUGAUCUCGCGCAGCUACGCUCAGCUACGAGCGACGUUUGAAGAAUACGGGAAAAUCUCUAAGAACGACAUCGAGCAGGCCAUUAAGAAGGAGAUGAGCGGAGAUGUUAAGGAAGGAAUGCUGACAGUGGUGAGAUGUGUCCGCAACAAGCAUAAGUUCUUUUCCGACAGGCUCCAUAAGUGUAUGAAGGGCGCUGGAACCGAUGAUAAUACCUUGAUGAGGAUCGUUGUAUCUCGCUGCGAGGUGGAUUUGCAAAACAUCAAAGCAGAAUUCCAAUCGGCAUUCAACCAAACUCUGGGCAAAUUCAUCGCUGGAGAUACGUCUGGAGAUUACAAGAAGAUCUUACUGGCCUUGGUCGGAGGCGAGAACUAAAGGAGUCAACUUGUUCAUCUCAUCAAUUCAUUAUCCUUCAAUACCCUUUGAAGAUUUUACGUACACUUUAACUUUUUAACUAAAAUGACAAUCUCAGGCAGAUAGACUUCUAAGGAUGUGUGGUACCCUGACUAUCUAGCCAAUUACCAUGUUAAUUUAAACUACUCAACCCAGAGCUGAGUAUUGAGAGUUGGGCCAAUCCAAAAACUGUGUGCGAACACAAGGUGCCAGACUAUUCUGCACACUUGGUUCCAGACUAGACUGCACAUUGGGUUGUGCUACAAAUUGAUCAAAAGUGGCGUAAAGCAACCAUGUGACCAAAGAAAACUAGUCCCACCAUACUGCAACUCUCUCAAAAAAAAGCUCUGAUGACCUAACCAAAAGGAUCAAGUUGUGAAUAUUAUUAAUGCAUGUGCAAAGUUUGUGUAAUGUCUUAGUCUACACAGAGUACUUAAAAAGAAUCUGUGAUCAAAGCCAAUUUAGAAAUAGAAAUCAUCAGCUGUAUUUUUUAGUAUUUAUGUGACUCUGAUAGAUGUUGAUAAUUGACUUUGGUAAUUUUAAAAUAUAGUAAGUGUCUGUCUGGUCAAGAAGAUAUAUUUUUUCCUUUUAAUUACAGUAUGUAUAUUUUUGUGAAGUUGACUGAUUUGUAUAUUUUGCUCUGUAUGACCGCAAUCCUUCAAGCAAUUGAAACAAGCUUUGCAAAGUAGUAAAGGCAGUUAGUUAAAUAUUUGAAGAUACUGCAUUGUGAAAACUAUACCAGAUUAAUUUAGUCCCGACCCCUUUACCCUUUGGCCCAAGACGUCACUUUCUCAUACACGUAACGUAACCAAUAACCCGCCCAGUAGGCGCGCUUUUUUUCGUGAACUCAUUUUGGUUGACAAAAGCUGGAAAAUGGAACUUUAUCUGGAUUUGUUCAUUGCAGUCAUUGUAUUGUAUUGUGUCCUGCUGUAGAACAGACUUGUUUGAUAAAUAUGUUGACUAUUUUUGUAGAUGAAGAACUCAAAAAGUACUUCAUGUAUAUUAUCGAUUGUUAAUGUCCAUGUACAUGUACAUGUACAUUUAAUCAGGGAAAAAGAAAUUCCUUAACAAAUUCCAACAAUUUCUUGUAGAGAACACAUUUGAUCAGGUAAAAAGAAAUUCCUUAAUACAUUCCAACAAUUUCUUGUAGAGAUUACAUUUACCUCAAAUGUUAAAAUAUUUCUCCUCUCAAAGUAAAAGUGUGAAUUUAAACAGACAUGGAAUUUCACCUUUGAGAGGGAAAGGCCAUUUUCAAUUUCCAAAGGAAUUUCUGAUGAAAAAGCUUGAAGUGUGGAGAUUUGUUGAAGGGGCACCGAGGACAAGACCAGAGACCAAUUUCAUAAAGGUGUUAAAGGAUUUGGGUACGUUUUCAAAAGUCCAUAGAUUUACCUUAAACUUAC